UCCUAUAGUGUAAGCUGUUUUGUUUUGCAGAUGAAGUACACACUACUGCUCAUUCUGUUGAUGGCGAUCGUCAUCAACCACCAGACAGAGGGGUGGCCGCGUUGGAGGAGGAUUCGGAUCAGGUGGAGGUGGAGAAAAGCCGCCGACAUAGCAAACGUAUUAGCCGGCAACGGCAAGCGAGAUCUGUCCGAGUUUGACACCAACAGGGACGGACAUGUGGACGAGUCUGAACUAGAAGAAUUGUUUAACAAGCGGGAGGUUCGGGAAAUCUUGGAGAGAGCUGAUAAAGAUGGAAACAACAAAAUCUCCAUGCAAGAGUUUCAGCAAUUCAUCAAUGAGAUAAACAAGAUGGAAUAAACAAAAUAUAAGUCCAGCUCUGUAUCUCUGAAUAUCGAGAACUGACUGCUUAUGAGACGCCAUCUGUCUAGACAAUAAUAAAAUUUGCAACA